AUGCGACUGUUCAGCUGUCAACAAGUGACUGAGGAGGAAGCAUCUGGCAGACUUGGAGGUUGGUUGAAGUCAACAAAAGCGUCCCUCGAGGGACAUGUCAAGGAGAUUCGGGAGAACUCGAAGCUUAUUGCUGCCGACGUGGCAUCUAAUGUCAAGGACCUGGAGAAGGCCAGCCGCAAAAUACAGCAGACCUUCAGCAUCGGAGGCAACGGCGUGUUGGCUCCUGGCUUGGAAGAGGCGCCACGGGAUGCCACGGGGCCUCGGACCGACAGGGUCCGCUUGGACGUGACCUUCCAACAGGGAAGUCUGGGAUUGAACUUGGACCUGGCUCAAGGUGGCCAGAUUCUGAAGAUCACUCCAGGAGGACAAGCUGAAGCCCUUGGCCUCCGCACAGAGGAUCGCGCUGUGGCAAUUGGAGGCGAGCCGCUGCCGUCUGUGGGCGAUGCAUCCUUCCAAGAGGAGCUGAAGAAGAAACUUUCCAAAUUGCCGCGCCCGGUUGAUAUGACCUUUGUGCGAAUUGAACAAGUUGACCAAAAAGAGAAAGACAAAGAGAAGGACAAGUCGAACAAGAGCGAAGCGAAGGAGAAAGAGCCCAAGGAGUCACCAGAGCUGGGGGCACUGCAGGCGUCAAAGAUUCUGAGCAAAGCUGUAGAAAUUUUCUCGGCAAAGCUGAGAGAUGCUGAUCCUGAAAGGUUCUCGUUGUCUCGUUGUUUUUUGCCAUGCUUUGCCCUCUGCAACUCUGCUCCCAGUUCUUUGGUUCAGGCACAGCUGGAUGAAGCACUAAAGGAUGCCAAAGCAGCUCGGGACGAGGGCGCUUCGCUGGCCGCAGAGCUCAAACUGCGGAAGUCCUGGGCGGUGCAGGAAACGGAGGAGCUCGAAGCCCUUCGUUCAGAAGCUGAAGAGCUGCGUGCCAAGCUCCAAGAGGCUGGUUUGAGAAAUGGCCUUCAAACCGAAGUGCAGCAAUUGACAAGCAAGUGCCGCGAACUGGAAUCUCGAAGCAGAGAGGCUGAAGAGCGCGCUGCUCAAAGCGAGCAGGUGCUUGCACAAGAGAAGUCAAGAUGUUCAGAGGCAGUUGAGAGUUUGACUGCGGCAAGAAGCAAGGAGGCCGAGUUGCAGUCAAAGUUGCAAACAGCACAGCAAGCGUUGAAGGAUCAAGAAGCGGCAAUGGCUGCAGAAGGAGACGAAAAGUCACGUCGUUUGCAGGCAUCUCUGGCUGAACUGCAACGAACCCACGAAGAUGUGAAUCUUGCCAAGGACAAAUUUGAUCACGAAGUGCAGCAAUUGACAAGCAAGUGCCGCGAACUGGAAUCUCGAAGCAGAGAGGCUGAAGAGCGCGCUGCUCAAAGCGAGCAGGUGCUUGCACAAGAGAAGUCAAGAUGUUCAGAGGCAGUUGAGAGUUUGACUGCGGCAAGAAGCAAGGAGGCCGAGUUGCAGUCAAAGUUGCAAACAGCACAGCAAGCGUUGAAGGAUCAAGAAGCGGCAAUGGCUGCAGAAGGAGACGAAAAGUCACGUCGUUUGCAGGCAUCUCUGGCUGAACUGCAACGAACCCACGAAGAUGUGAAUCUUGCCAAGGACAAAUUAGAUCACGAAGUGCAGCAAUUGACAAGCAAGUGCCGCGAACUGGAAUCUCGAAGCAGAGAGGCUGAAGAGCGCGCUGCUCAAAGCGAGCAGGUGCUUGCACAAGAGAAGUCAAGAUGUUCAGAGGCAGUUGAGAGUUUGACUGCGGCAAGAAGCAAGGAGGCCGAGUUGCAGUCAAAGUUGCAAACAGCACAGCAAGCGUUGAAGGAUCAAGAAGCGGCAAUGGCUGCAGAAGGAGACGAAAAGUCACGUCGUUUGCAGGCAUCUCUGGCUGAACUGCAACGAACCCACGAAGAUGUGAAUCUUGCCAAGGACAAAUUAGAUCACGAAGUGCAGCAAUUGACAAGCAAGUGCCGCGAACUGGAAUCUCGAAGCAGAGAGGCUGAAGAGCACGCUGCUCAAAGCGAGCAGGUGCUUGCACAAGAGAAGUCAAGAUGUUCAGAGGCAGUUGAGAGUUUGACUGCGGCAAGAAGCAAGGAGGCCGAGUUGCAGUCAAAGCUGCAGACAGCACAGCAAGCGUUGAAGGAUCAAGAAGCGGCAAUGGCUGCAGAAGGAGACGAAAAGUCACGUCGUUUGCAGGCGUCUCUGGUUGAACUGCAACGAACCCACGAAGAUGUGAAUCUUGCCAAGGACAAACUAGAUCACGAAGUGCAGCAAUUGACAAGCAAGUGCCGCGAACUGGAAUCUCGAAGCAGAGAGGCUGAAGAGCGCGCUGCUCAAAGCGAGCAGGUGCUUGCACAAGAGAAGUCAAGAUGUUCAGAGGCAGUUGAGAGUUUGACUGCGGCAAGAAGCAAGGAGGAGAAGAUGGAAGAGACCCGACAACUCUUGGAACGACAACUUGCCGAGACAAAGGCUUCUCGGAGCGAGUUACGUGAAGAAUUGAGGAGGGCUGAAGAAGAACUGGAAGAAACGGAUACUUUGAGACGGCGGGUUGAAGAACUUGAAAGGCCCGGAGAGAUGUCUGAGAGGCUUUCAAAGUUGCAGUCACUGUGCGGCUCACAACGGGAGCAACUUCGGGAGCUCGAACUCGAGCGCGAUGCGUUGCGCGAGGAGCUCCAGAAGGCUGAAGUGGACUUGCAGGUGGCAGUGCGACAGCCGAGUGAGGCACCAGUGGUGUACGGCAAGGAGACACUCACUGGUGAUGCUGGAGACCCGGAAGAGGCUUCAGAGCGUCACCAACUGCUGGAAGCUGAUGAUGACACAAGGCGCGUCGCCAAACUCCAGGCACGAUUGGGAGAACUGGAGGCAAAGAAUGCGGCUCUCCAGCGAUCUUUGAGUCAGCGACCGAUUGUGUACCAAUUUGCCCCCGUGGACGCUGGAUUGGACCUUCCAGAGGAGCCUGACGACGAGGAAGCGCAGACUUCGCCGGCGUCGACGGCGUCGACGGCCUACAGUGCCUACAGCUUGAUGCAGGGCGGCUGCCGCCUCGCAAUGAGGCGCUGCUGGCGGCUUUGGACCCUCUGCCGUAAGCUGAAGUGCAUUUCUGCGGCAGAGAAUCAGCUUCGCUGGUUCACGCGACGACUUUUGGAGAAGCCAUUUCUUCUGUGGGUCUUCUACUUGCAUGUAGCGAUGCUGUGGUUUAUCGAGAUUUGGAGACAGGCCUUAGCCAAACCACUUGCCAUGGAUCCUGCUCUGACUCUCGAGUCGGCUGUCACCAAGGCCACCAAGGCUAUCCACGCCCAUGGGACUUGAGACGCAACGGGAGCUUUCGGGAGCUUCAACGCAGCGUGGCCUUCCAAAGUGGGGAGUCGAGUCCCGGAGUCGUCGCCAGCGCCCG